ACUUUGACUACAGAUCAGAGUCAGCUUGUUUCUACUCGCGUACCUUCUACAGAGAGUCUUCAUCAGCCCUUAACUUUCACUACAGAUCAGAGUCAGCUUGUGUCUACUCGCGUACCUUCUACAGAGGAAAUAAUACCUGAUUCCCAGAAGCAAGUCAAGAAGCCAGCAAGUGCCUGUCAGGGUUGUAAGACACAUCAGCUUGUCAAAGAGGAGAUGUCAUCUUUAGAAAAAUGCUCAGUUAUGGACCAUUUUCCCCGCUGAAGUGGUGGGGGCUGAAAUGUCAAGUGUGCACUACUACAUGGCAUGUGUACUGUUACCAUAAAAAAGAAGAAAUACAAAACAGUUGGAAUGAAACUGAAACAAGUGAAGAGGACAUAUCAGAUAAUGAUCCAGAAUAUGUUCCAGCUUCAGAAACCGAUUCAGAAGAUGAUGAACCACCAAGCAGAUUGGAAAAAUCUACAGUUCUGACAGAGAAAGAAUCAUCAAUGAUGGAUAUAAGUCACAUGAGUGGAAUAACUGCAAAGGAAACAUCUGCAAACAUAACAGACUCAACAUCUAUUGCAAUGAAGGGAUUGAAUUUUUGCUUUGUUUGCAAAAAAGCUCAUUUUAAAAUAGCUAGACAUUUUAAAGUUCAUGUUAAGGAAAAUGCAGAGAUCGCCAAAGCUUUAAGUUUCCCUGCACGCUCAAAAAGUAGAAAGGAGUGGCUAGAGAAACUUAGAAACAAAGGGAACUUCAUACAUAACUGUGAGGUGCUGAAAGAUGGAGCUGGUUCGCUUAAAGUCAAAAGAAGAGCCCAGGGUGGCUUUAAAAAAUAUGAAUAUUGUCUCCAUUGUAGGCGCAUGUUUUUGAGAGCAGAGCUAUGGAGACACAUGAGAAGGUGCCCUUCAAGACCAACAGACCAUGACCACCAAGGCAGGAAGAGAAUACUUGGCUUAGCAUCAGUAGUCAAAUCAGCAUGUUCAAGCGCUGUUGAAGAAGGGGUGCUUAAGAUGUUAAGCCGCAUGCACAAUGAUGAAAUUGCUGCACUUGUUCGCAAUGACUUUUGCCUUUUAAGAUUUGCAGAGUCCCUUUACAGUAAACAUGGACAUGAUCCCUCAAAACACGACUAUAUUCGGCAAAAAAUCCGCCAGCUGGGCCGAUUUCUACAGACAAUGCGCAAGAGUUCUCCAGUCCUAACUUUAGAGGAUGCGGUUAAAUCAUCAAAUUUCCUGAAUGUGAUUGAGGCUGUGAAAGAAACUGCAGGGUUUGAUAAGAACAAUAACACCUAUAAGACUCCAAGUCUGGCAUUAAAAAUCGGCCACUCCCUGGUGAAAGUAAAUGACAUAAUUCACUGCCAUGCCCUCAUGGCUGAAGAUGAAAACCUAGUGAAGUCCUUAGAUGGUUUCCAAAAGCUUUAUCGGGCCAAGUGGCCUGAAUACAUUUCGCACGGUGCUUUAAACACUAUAAGUGAAUUAAAAUACAACAAGCCGACGAAACUUCCACUCACCAAAGACAUCAUGAGGCUUAACAAGCAUCUUGAUAAAAAGGCAAAGUCAGCAACUGCAGCACUGGAGAAGGCAGCAACACCGCAGAAUUAUUCCACUGUUGCAAGAACAACGCUGACCAAGAUUGUGCUUUUCAAUAGGAGACGAGUAGGCGAAGUUUCAAAAAUGAAGCUUAAAAAUUUCCUGGACCGAGAUUGUUCAAUUACACAAAAUGAAAUGAAUUUAUCGGAGUAUGAACAGAAAUUGUGCAAGUACUUUGAGCGGGUCGAGCUCAAGGGAAAAAAGGGAAGAAAAGUGGCAGUGUUGCUGACUCCUGAAAUGACGAAGUCCUUAAAUCUGAUGAUUAUGAAGAGAGAGCAGUGUGGUGUGCCCAAUAAGAAUGAGUAUUUAUUCGCUGUUCCUCACUGCCUCACAUGCUACAGGGGACAUCAAUGUCUUAGGAAGUUUGCAGAUGAAUGUGGUGCCCAAAAACCAGAUUUUUUACGAUCUACUCCGCUGAGGAAAGAAAUGGCAACUACUUCUCAGAUAUUAGAUUUAAAGAACAAUGAAAUGGAUCAGCUGGCGGACUUUUUGGGUCACGACAUAACAGUGCACAGACAUUUUUACCGUCUUUCUGAUGCCACAAUACAGAGUGGAAAAAUUUCCAAGCUGCCUUUUGCCCUUGAGAAAGGAAAGCUGCAUGAGCUAAGAGGAAAAACGCUUGAUGAAAUUGGAGAUUUCACAGAUGAUGAUGAUGAUGAGGACGACGAUGAGAGUGAGAGUGAUGAAGAUACAACCCUGGACACAGAAACUGCAGAUGAAAUUAAUGAGGAACACAUGGACACAUCUGCCAGAGAGGAGACUGACACAAAUAUAUGUGGACAAAAUGGCAGUAACUCACACGUGCACACCGAACAACCUACAUGCAGUUCAGCUGACAGACCAAUUCCUGGAUGCAUUGUUGGUGGUAAACAGAAGCCAGACAAAGGUGCAAGGCGACCGUGGUCGAAUGCAGAGGUCAAUGCCGUAUUAAAGCAUUUCAAACCACACAUUGCCAAAGGUCAUCUGGCGUCUUUAAGAGAGUGUGAGCUGUGCAAGAAGUGCGAGCCAGUUCUACAAAAUAGAACAUUACACAACAUCAGAGAUUUUGUCCGUAACAGAGGGGUAACCCUGAAGCGCAAAAUGACUAACACUUAACUUUUUUUUCAAGAUCUUUAACUUUAUUCAUUUAUAUGUUGAUAUUAAGUUUAAAUGAAAAGCUUAUAGUUCAGAGAGGGAAUGUUGUCAUAUUGAGAGGAUCUGUUUUAAAGGAACAUGCCCAGAUUUUAGGAAUUUAGCUUAUUCACCGUAUCCCCG